AUGGCUAAUGUAUAUCCUUCUAGCUUACUCCCUUGGGACUUUCCUAAAAGUUCUCUUCCUGGCCCUAGGAAGGCUCGCCCAAAAACCCCUUCACUACGCAGCUGCCUCUUGUUAACAACCGUCGAUUUCGACGCGGUAAGCUCAAUGGCGCAAGCUGAUGUUGACAUGAAGUUUCUGAGUCAGUUCGCAACAAAUGUCGACGUUGACCACCCAUUUCUAUCCAAGACUCUUUUCACCAUACUUGGAAACCUCACCAUGCUCUCAGAUCGUGUGAUCCGAGCGCGAAAAUUACGAAGAUUAGACACCACUCGCGAUACGAAGGCUGUCGAUCUUUACUGCAGAAUUAUUUGGUACGCGCGAGAGGGACUCAAGCUACUAGAGGAAUACAUCUUACCAAUGGUCGCAAAUUUUGGUCCUCUCAAAGUACUAUGUCACAAGCUUAGGGCAUCUUACUACCACUUAUACGUCUUAUUUCAUAACACUCCGCACAUUCGAAUGAAAAGUGGUGGAGGUCAAGUGUCCACACCUCCCGGCCUGAAAUCACCGAGGGUUAGGAAACUAGAUAAGGGAAAGGCACCAGAAAGAGAUAAUCCUGGGGAUGACAUCUACAGGCCCAGUUCAGUUCAACCAACUCAUCCACUAGAAGGCGGCCCCGUUGGCGGAAUCAGUCCUCCACCUCCAGAUUUCGCGCCAAACUUCUUAGUUCCAAGUGCCGACUAUCGUCCAAUUGCACUACAAUGCUUUCAAGAAGCGACACACCUUGCCGAGAAGCUUCUUUGGGGCAGUCACCCUCUACGACUCUCUGUUCGGGUAGAAUAUUCGGCUUUCUUGUAUGAUUGUCUGCACGAGCGAGAUAGUUCCAGGCAGCUAGCCAAGGCUACAAUUGCAGAGGUGUACAAUGCACAAGAGGGAAUGGAUGACGAUAUGUUUGAGGAUGCUGCGGCUUUGGUUGGAAUAUUGGGUAAGAUGAUGAAGAGAGGGUUGGGGUCAGGGUCAGCAAGUACACCAGGAACCAGUACUGGACGCACCCCGCCUCGGAAGUCUACAGCUGAAGCUCUGCCAAGCCCAAUGGGAAUGAUCAAUCCUAUAUGA